CAAAGGCUGCGACGGAGGCUCGCUGUCCGCAUUUGCCUGGUGUUUCACGUCGUGGGUGAUACUUCGGCAUCAGACCCACAGUAGCCGUUUAUAUCAAGUUUAUUUGGCGUAACGUCAAACGUGCACUUUAGCGCGGUGUCCAGCUAUGAAAGCUUUAAUUAAAGACGGCGUGGUGUACUCACCAUUUCCGGGCGUAGAUAUACCCGUGUGCUCGGCAUAUGCAAUCGUCAAACAAGUUCUCGCCAAAAACCCUGAACGACUGGCCUUGGUGGAUAAUGACGAACAUCUUACACGCCGCGAGUUCUUCUUGCGAAUGCAACGCUACGCUGCAGGCUUCCAGCAGCACGGCAUCUCAAUGGGUGACCGCGUCUGCGUUCACUUGAACAACAGCAUAGACAAUGUGGCUGCCAUGUACGGCUGCAUAUUCGCCGGUGCCACCUUGGUUCUGGCCAAGACUUCCCUCACCGAAGGAGAGCUGCACUAUCAGAUCACCGACAGCGACAGCACGCAUGUUCUGACCGAAGUCCAAUUCACGGAGAAAGUGAAGAAGGCAGCAGCAUCUCUUCAUCUCAAGGGCUUGUUCACGAUGGGCGAAGCUGACGGUUUUGUGUCAGCGGCCGCCUUCAAAGCCAUGGAUGAAGGAAGUUUCCAGGAAUGUCCCGUCGAAGACCCUCGAAACACCGUGAUCGCUAUUAUCUACACGUCCGGUACGACAGGCCUCCCCAAGGGAGUCGAAUUUACGCACUACUGCUUCGUGACCAACCACUGCAUCUCCAAACCUGGCAACCCGUGCGACGAGACCGACGUCGUCUUACUCCCAGCGCCCAUCACUCAUGGAUCCGGCUUCGUAUGGGCAAUGAUGACGGUCCUGGACGGAGCGGUCUGCAUCUUGACGCCACCCCGACUCACUCUGACAGAGUUUUCCGACAUAGUCAAGAAAAACAAGGUGACCGCCGCCUUCUUCUUCACGUCUUUCCUGCACGUGUUGUGCGUAGAGAUGCUUCGCACCGGACAACAGCUCGCCAGCAUCCGACGAUUGGGCGUCGGCGGCGGUAUCCUGGCCCAGGCUACAUACGACGCUGCUUUCAAGGCAUUCGGCAACCUUGAGUGCCUCAUGAACUUGUACGGCAUGUCCGAGAGUGGCGCGCUCGUCUGUUCACCCACCAUGCGUGGCGCCAGGGGCAUAGACCUCGGAUAUCCAACCUGCAUGACCGAGAUCAAGGUAGUGGACCUCGUGUCCCGCCAGAAGCUCGGUCCCAACCAGACGGGAGAGAUUUGCUUCCGCAUUCCGUCUGUCAUGCGUGGCUACUACAAACGGCCCAAGGAGACCGCUGAGCUCUUCGAAGGAGAAGGCUGGUGCCGGUCGGGAGACGCCGGCUACUACGAUGAAGAAGGGCGCUUCUACUUUGUGCAGCGGAUUAAGGAGAUGAUCAAGUGCAUGGACAACCAGGUCGUGCCUGCUGAGCUAGAGGGACUACUACUGCUAAAACAUUCGCAGGACAUCGCGGAAGUGGCAGUGGUCGGACUAGAACACCCUGAGUAUGGAGAGGCGCCCGCAGCUGUAAUCGUAGUUAGGAGGAAGGGCGACAAGAAUGAACUCCUGCUUCUUGCCGAAAGAGUCAAGAAAACAAUCACAGAUAAUCUGGCCGUGCACAAGCACCUUUACGGCGGCGUCUUCUUCCUUGACUCGCUCCCUAAGACGGAGACGUCCAAGGUGAACCGCUCGGCGCUGGCCCAACUCUGUGCUGCAAUGGCGCCAAUGUGAAGAACAACACUGUUUUUUUUUUU